ACGGGGCCGGCGGCCGCGGGGCGCGGGCACCAUGGGCUGCUGCUCGGGCCGCUGCGCGCUCCUCUUUCUCUGCUCCUUCCAGCUGGUCACUGCCCUGGAGCGGCAGGUGUUCGACUUCCUGGGCUACCAGUGGGCACCCAUCCUGGCCACCUUUGUCCACAUCGUCAUGGUCAUCCUGGGGCUCUUGGGCACCAUCCAGUACCGGCCUCGCUACGUUGUGGUGUACGCUGUGUGGGAGGCCGUCUGGGUCACCUGGAACGUCUUCAUUAUCUGCUUCUACCUGGAAGUGGGUGGACUCUCAAAGGACAGCGAGCUCCUGACCUUCAACCUCUCCCCGCACCGCUCCUGGUGGCUUGAGCACGGCCCGGGCUGCCUGCACGAUGAGCCAGAGGCUGGCCUUGGGCCCCUGGAUGGCCAGGCCUUGGUGACAGGCGUCGGCUGUGCCCUGGAGCAUGGCUACACCGAGGCCCUGCACAGCGCCCUGCAGAUCCUCCUGGCGCUCGUGGGCUUCGUCUGUGCCUGCUGUGUGGUCAGCGUUUUCACCGAGGAGGAGGACAGCUGUGAGUGUGCGGCUGCCUGUGAGCGCCCGGCCUGGACGCUCCAGGCAGAGACGGAGGGACAGGGAAGCAGAGGGCUGGCGGGGGUGACUCUGCGUCCUCCCGGCCUGUCGUUGGCAAAGCCUGAGACCUCGCCUCUUGGGUCCCCAUGCCCUUGGGGUCCUUGCCUGAGCAGAGGGCUGGAUGGGCCCAGCCACCUGAGAAGAGAUGAGGAGGGGACGCGGGCUGUGGCACCAGGGGUCGUCUGGCCCCCAAGCCCCCAGGCUCGAGGGCUCCCGUGCUGCAGGGCUGGCCCCUCACAGCAGCUGCGGGUGCAAGGCUGAGCCCUCAGACCUCCAGAGGGAUGGGCGCCUCUGCCUCCUGGCAGCUGAGGACCAGGCCCUACUGGCUGUGGUGUCCCCAUCUCUGGACCCAUCUGAGCGGCAUCUUUGUUUUCCGCUCCCAGAGGUGGGUCCCCUUGACCUUCCUCUGUUUUGCAACGUCAAUGUUGAGACGCCUCGCCGGCCCUGGCUGCCCCUGGCUCCUGACGUGCUUUCCUGGGAAGACCCUGCAGAGGACAAGGCUGGGUGGGUGGGGACCGGGUGCAUGCACCUAGGGGGCCACGGCUCCAGUGGACAGAGCUCCCCCUGGGGUCAGAAUGGGGAUUCAGAGCCUCUGUCCCCGGGAAUCAGGUGGCUGUGGGGUUGGGAGUGCACGUGUCCGAAUGGCACGCUGUCCUCGGCCCCCAGGCGCCCCGGCUCCUGUGCCGCAUGACCCCGACACCGUCUCCCAGACCGCUGUGGCUGGGAGAGAACGAAGCGGAGCUCACCUGCUGGUGAGGAUGUUUUAGGAGGGGAGCCAGCCCGGGGGUUGGAGAUGCGUUGCUCUGCCCAGCAAGCCCUGCUACCCACUGGCCGUGCAGACACACGGGGGGCAGGUGAUUGAGGUUCGUGGAUGUGGGGGGCCAGGGGUUGGGUCACAGUGAAGCUCCCUGCAGCUCUGAGGAUCCAGGCUGUCCGGGCGUGCUCUGUCCCCCCAGGCCACCCCCCGCCCCACCGCUGAGCUCGUCGGUGUCCACCGGGGAGUCCCACUGUUCGUGCCCUGGAGGGACACGGCCAGCUCUGACCUGGGCCUGGGCUGGUGCCUGCCCUCCCCAGGCCCUCAGGCUCGCGCCGGCCUCUGCCAUCACCGCACCAGCGCUCGGGCUUCGGCGUGUGCUCAUCUGCCCUCGU